UUUAGCGCAAAACCCUGGUUUAUUUGUUAUGCGUAAAGAUGUACGGCGUACAAUACAAGAUGCGUAUACCGAAUAGUUGCAUAUGAUCAUUAUGAUGCAAUGGUCUGCUCUUCGUUUAUAACGGAUCAAAUAAUGAUAUGGAUGGGGCAGCGAUGGCGCAAUAGCGAUCAGCCGAUACGAAUACUGCUGCUUUUCUCCUCUCUGUAUGCCGUUAAACUACUACUUCUACUCAAUCUACUGUCAUUCAAAACAGCCCAUCAUAUUAGCAGUCUGUCUUUAAUUGCUCAACACUUUCUCCAUUCUGCACUAUUAUCGUCAAGAACCCCUUUGAGGAACAAACGUGGAAGCGCUGUUGUUUGGAAAACGUGCCGAGCUUGCUGUUCUUGACCACGUCGUUUUUGUUGAGUUCACUUGUUCAACUCGAGGUAUACUGUUAAGCAUACGCUAUUAAAAGCUUGCCAGUUGCCACUUCUGGACGCGGUAGUUUUGUCCCGUCAUGCGUGAAAUUACCAGAAAUUCGUAUGGUUAGCGAUCGUUAAGUACGGUAAAAAUACUUUUUGGUACCCAUCCGGAUAAGGAAGUUUUUGUUAUGAUCCCUGUUUCCUAACUUCCGGCUGGAUUAGCGCCACUUGCUGUACGGCAGUACCAAUAAGAUUGCAACCCGGAACAGGAUUUAUUUAAAGAGGGAAGUGCAAUUUGUACGCGGAAAUGGAAUCACCACCGUUGAUUGCCAAUCGUGGACGCAUGUCGGCAAGGUUUGGGAGUAAGAGGCUGAUGGGGAGGUUUUUUCCGUCGUUGAAACACUCAAAUGUGCCCGCAAAUGCUAAACGUGAUGUGGAUGAUACGGUUAUUUACCCCGACGAAGCUUUCCAUACCGGCAUUAAUUUUGAGGCAAAGUUGGUUGGUGUGAUGGAUAUUCCGCGGCCACAAACUCGAUUGGAAAUCGUGGCCGCCAUGCGCCGCGUCCGGUUCGAGCACAAGACCAAGGGCACUGGCAAGCGGAAAGUGGACAUAAAAGUCAGUGUGGAGGGUGUGCGUGUCUGUAGCCAGAAUAACGGCCAGCAUCGCCUGGGAUUCGGCCGGGUGGAAUAUGAUAAGUUGGAUAACUUGGUGGCCUUUGACAAUGACGAGAAGACGAUCCUUCAUCAUCCUAUUCACAGGAUUUUUUAUGUCUCACACGACUCUCAGGAUCUCAAUGUAUUCAGCUAUAUUGCCCGGGAAAAUCAGAACGAUCAUUUGCGGUGCAUUGUGUUCAAAGCUUAUAAAAAGGCUGAAGCGGUACAAAUUGUGAAGACAAUUGGCCAAGCCUUCGAAGUGUGCCAUCAGCUGCAGCAACAGCAAAAGAAACAGCAGUUAUCUAAACCCAAUAGUGUUGAUUGCUCUCCCAGUCGCAGUGAACGGCGUAGUCUCUUGGGCGACACUUCCGGUGGCGGCACGCUGCAGAUUCCCCAUUCGCACACCAUUGGUCAUCCGCCAUCGUUCUUGUCAGUCGCCGAAACCAACCGCGGAGCCGAAGGAUGCGGCAAAUACAUCAACGGUGUCGAUGGGCAUUUCGCUCCGAUGAAGAAAAGUGUAUCGGAAAUGGGUCAUAACUACAAGCACUUGAAUGCUCAGCGAUUAUCCUUGGCAUUAUCAGGCACUAGUUCAGGCAACGACACGGUGGGUAGCAAUUUGGCGGGUGCCGUCCAGUCGAGUCCAUACGACUCCCAUUUCCGCUUGCCCACUUCCGUCUCAGAAAUCGUUCUCCCAGCUGGAUCAUCAGUGACAGCGUCAGCGGCUGAUGCCAACGGGCAGACGGCACAUUCGCCGGUAUCCGUCGUACAAGUCCGUCUGGAACAUGAGCUGCAGAAAGGCCGGGUGGCUAAAUCUCAGAUAAAUUUCUUAAAAAGUCAGCUGGCAUCCGAAACGGCGGCGCGAAUUGAUGCACAGAAUCGAAUCGAUGAAUUACUGAGACAGAACGCACUGCUUCUCGAUGUUAUUGAAAGUUUAUUGGCCCCCCAUGGAAGUUCGAAUAGUGCCGGAAAAGACACUUCGGACUUGCUGGCCGAGACGGAAAUUGCACAGCUGCUGGGGCCGAAUAUGCCUAAUCUCACUGCUCCUCCGCUGUUACCCAAAACCGCCAUGACUCUAAAGUCCUCCUCCAGUAACAGUAGCGGAUCAAACGAACACCAUUCCGGGUCGUCACCUGACAGCGGCGUCAAAUGCUCUUCAUUGUACAUGUUGCAUGACCAUGAUGAUGAAACAUUUUGAUCUGUUUUUAUACAGAUAGUCUCUCGAGUAUUACUGACCUGCCGCAUUUUAAUACUUAAAUUUUCUAUUCAAAUGCUUCUUAUAUGGUUCGAUAAUUUAUAGACGUAAUGCAGCUAUAUAUAAAUUUAUAAAUAACAAAUAGAAUCUGGUUGUUCAGAAAAUGUUGUUUGAUGUUGGCGGAAAUAAUAUCUGUUAUCAUUUUGUGAUAUUGGGAAGUUCCAUAGCAGCAGUUGAUUUUAAUGUGACGGUACGAUUUUUGAUACUUUGGUUCGAAUGUGUUUAUUCGAUUUGUUAGCGUACAUAACCGCGCAACCUUUUUUGAGAGUCACCUUGCGCGCAAAUAUGGCUAAUCUACUUUGAAACUUGCUUAGAUAAAUUGGGGUA